AUGAUCCUAAGCAAAGAUUUCAUAAAGUCUCAGAAUUUAACUAGAAUUUAAUCUACUGCUUUUCAUAUAUAUUUAGUAAAUAAUAAAGAUAAGACAUAUUUUGGAUAUAUUUAGAAAUAGAUAUACAAAAAUAACUAACAAUUAAAUGAAUUUAAAGCUGGUAACCUGCAAUUGUAAAAUGACAUCAAAUAUAUACGAAAAUUCAAUAAACCUGUAAGUUAGGGUUUCUAUGCAUUUGAGUCAUAUUAACAAUAUAAACUUUUAUCAGAACUUAAAUAUUUUGGGGAAUAAGUUAUUUUAAAGAUUUGUCAAGAUCUUCUAAUUGCUUUAUUUGCUAUUCAUUAAAAGGGAUUAUUAGGAAGAUGCUUUAAUGUUCACAAUAUUUUGCUUGUUGAAAAUUAAUAUUGUGUUAUGAUGGAAUUUGGAUUCUAUCCAGAUUUAGAAUUUUAAGUGCCAGAAAUGGUAUACAAUUAGAUCUAUAAUGAGAAAGUAGAUAUUUUUUUAUUAGGCAGAGUAAUAUUUUUUUUAAUGAUUGGAAAUGAUUUGCCAAAAUUUAAUAUGAACAAUUUAAGUGAAGUUUAAUCAGAUAUCAAUUUAUCUAUUGCUUAAACAAGUUAUUCAGAAGGUUUAAAGAAAUUAGUUAUAUCAAUGUUAUAAAUAGAUUUAAAUAAAAGAAUUGAUUAUUCACAAUUGUUUGCUAAAUUUAAAAAUAAUUAAUAUUAUUCUCAUUAAAGUAGUUCAAUAAAUAAAAUAUUUUGAUGGGCACAACUACAAAACUUAUUCAUAAAAGAGAGAAGAAUUCAAAUAAUUAUUUAGAAGAAUCGACAGCUUUUGAUAUAAAAUAAACUUUAAUAAUAAAAGUAUUAUAUUACAAUUUAAUGAUUAGAAAAUGUUUGAAGAAAGUUUGCCUUUAAUUUAAUUUAGUUUCCCUAUAAUUUAAGAAGAAAAAAGUAGUUUGAACAAUUCAUCUUAAGGUACUAGUUAAAAUAUGAGUUCACUAUAUCCUCCAGAAUUAGAAAGCUCUGCAAAAUAUACAUAGCUUCAAUAAGAUCAGAUUGUAAGCAUUUGCAAUGCUGAUUAAAAUUAAAUAUAAACUUAGUAAAAAACUCAAGAAGAUAAAAUAAAGAGUUCUCUUUUGGAAAAUGAUCUACUGCUAAGCAUACUUCCAUUUCUAAAUUCUGACAGACCUGAUGAUUUUUUGAUUUGGAAUCAAAUAUAUUUUUAUUUGUAAUUACAAUUACAUUUUUAAAAGCAAAAUAAUUAUUUAAUCUUCAUAGCUAUUUAUGGAUUGAAAAAGGCAUAAAUAAUUCUAAAGAGAGAGUACUAGAUUAUUUUAGAAUAAAAUUAGAAUGUUUAUAAUGUUCCAUAUUAGGAGUGGUUAUAAUUUAUAGCAUGUUCUGAAGAGUAUAAGAGGAUGAUUACAAAUAUAAAAUUGGACAUUGAAUCUAAUUAAAAGAUAUUAUUUUAGAAGGAUUAAAUUUAGUUAAAGAAAAUUCUUGAAUAAAAUAAAAAUGAGUAAUUUUUAUAAGAUUUAUUAUAAUAUAUUGGAAAAUAUUUAGAUGAUGUACAGCAUAUUAUUUAAAUAUUUUAGAAUUUUGACAUCAGUAAUUUUGAAGAAAUCAAGCGUUCUUAUAGAUAUAUAUUAACAAAUAAUUUAUCUUAAUUUGAUAAUUAAGAAGAUAAGAAUUAUUCAUAUAUAAGAUUGAUAAUUUUAAUGUGCAUAUUGAUUAAUAGAAUAUUUGAUGUAUAGUGUAUUCCAAAUCAUUUUAAAACAAUAUGUAAAUUUUUGAAGAUAUAAUCAAUAAAUUCAAUAGUGCAGAUAGAACAAUUCAUAAAGAAAGGGAGAAAAUAAGAAUAUAUAGAUUUAUUUGA